AUGCGAACUGUUUACAUAAUCGUUGCUGCGCUUCUGUUGAAAAUAUCUCAACUAGAUGGAACAUUUGCAAGGGCAAUCGCCGAUAAUCCUCAAGCCACGAUGACAGAGUUAAAUGUAGAAAAGGGUCUGACAUUUGUCAAACGGGAACAUCAGGUUCCAUUUGGUAUUGAUUUUGUCGGUUGCCGAGAUUGGACUGAUCCAAAUGGGAUGAAUUGCAACACUGAUGAAGGCGACACUCUUUGCACCGAACAACGACCUGUACUUUGUGUCAAGGUAGACAAUUCACCUCGACCGGCUUAUUUCGUAUAUGGAAGUGGUGCUGCUAUGCCUCCUGAAUUCUACGCUGGUUGGAAUCAUGGGCAUAUAGCAACGACAUUGCCCGUAGCAGGCUCUAGUUUUAGUACCAAAGCAGAUGUUGAUGCAUAUUGUGCUCAGGCUUUCGGUGCUGGUUGGCGGUUGGCCACAUUUCAUGAUGCAAUGUACAUUAGCGGCAUGAAUGGAACAAUAUAUGCUGGAGAUAGUUGGACAGCAAAUACUGCUUUGAUGCAAACCGGUGGUUGGCACUACUAUUCGUAUGGUGAUGUUCGCAAUGACAUGCGCUUUUGGGUACAUAUUCGAGAUCGACCAGCGAAUUGUUGGAGCAAUUAA